GAGAGAGAGUGUGUUUGUUGCUCUCAGUCCCGAACUUAGAAGCCUAAGCCUUUCUUCUUCUUCCACCUUUCUCCAUUUUUCUUUCUAGGGUUUUGGCGUAGGGUUUUCGACGUCCGUAUCUCCAUCGAAGUCAGCGACGAUGCACGCUCCAGUUCUCGUUCUCAAAGAUUCUUUAAAACGUGAGUCUGGAACCAAGGUUCACCAUGCUAACAUUCAGGCUUCUAAGGCUGUUGCUGAUAUCAUUCGUACCACGUUGGGGCCGAGAUCUAUGUUGAAGAUGUUACUUGAUGCUAGUGGAGGAAUCGUUGUCACCAAUGAUGGAAAUGCCAUUCUCCGGGAGUUAGAUAUUGCACAUCCUGCAGCAAAAUCGAUGAUUGAACUUAGCCGCACACAAGAUGAGGAAGUAGGAGAUGGAACUACAUCGGUUAUUGUGCUUGCUGGUGAGAUGCUUCAUGUUGCUGAGGCCUUCAUUGAGAAAAAUUAUCACCCAACAGUUAUUUGCCGGGCCUACAAUAAAGCACUGGAGGAUGCACUUGCUGUGCUUGAUAAAAUAGCAAUGGACAUCGAUGUGAAGGAUCGCACUGCUAUGUUGGGACUGGUCAAAAGCUGCAUAGGCACUAAGUUCACAAGUCAAUUUGGAAAUUUGAUCGCUGACUUAGCAAUUGAUGCCACUGCAAUUGUCGGUGUUGAUCUUGGCCAAGGCUUACGUGAAGUAGACAUCAAGAAGUACAUAAAGGUUGAGAAAGUUCCAGGUGGUCAGUUAGAANCAGGUGGACAGUUAGAAGAUUCAAGGGUUCUUAAAGGAGUGAUGUUUAACAAGGAUGUUGUUGCCCCUGGAAAAAUGAGAAGAAAGAUCGUCAAUCCACGUAUUAUUCUUCUCGACUGCCCCCUAGAAUACAAAAAAGGUGAAAACCAGACUAAUGCUGAGUUGGUCAAAGAAGAAGAUUGGGGAAUCCUGCUGAAAAUGGAAGAAGAGUACAUAGAAAACAUAUGUGCACAGAUAAUCAGAUUCAAACCUGAUCUGGUUAUUACGGAGAAGGGCCUCAGUGAUUUGGCUUGCCAUUAUCUGAGUAAAGCUGGUAUCAGUGCAAUUAGAAGGUUGAGAAAGACUGACAAUAAUAGAAUAGCCAAGGCAUGUGGUGCUGUAAUUGUGAAUAGACCUGAUGAGUUACAGGAAUCAGAUGUUGGGACUGGUGCUGGAUUGUUUGAAGUUAAGAAGAUAGGGGAUGAAUUUUUUGCAUUUAUAGUGGAAUGCAAGGAUCCCAAAGCUUGUACUGUGCUCCUGAGAGGUGCUAGUAAAGAUCUUUUGAAUGAAGUAGAAAGAAAUUUGCAGGAUGCCAUGUCUGUAGCAAGGAACAUAAUAAAAAAUCCAAAACUUGUUCCUGGUGGCGGUGCUACUGAGUUGACUGUAUCUGCUACACUGAAGCAGAAGAGUUCUUCUAUUGAAGGCAUAGAAAAGUGGCCUUAUGAAGCUGCUGCCUUAGCUUUUGAAGCCAUACCGCGAACUUUGGCACAGAAUUGUGGGGUGAAUGUAAUAAGAACUAUGACAGCGUUGCAAGGAAAGCAUGCCAAUGGUGAAAACGCAUGGACAGGCAUAGAUGGAAACACUGGUGAAAUCACUGACAUGAAAGAGCGUAAGAUUUGGGAUGUGUAUAAUGUCAAGUCGCAAACAUUUAAGACUGCGAUAGAAGCUUCCUGCAUGCUGCUGAGAAUUGACGAUAUUGUUAGCGGCAUUAAGAAGAAACAGGCACCAGGUGCAGGUCCAUCAAAGCCACAAAUUGAGACGGAAGCUGAUGCAGAUAAUGAGCAAAUUCUCCCCGAGUAAAUUUUUUGUUCAAACUGCACUUUAACUUAUUUGAGUUCUUCCAUAUAUUUUGGGGGUAGUUUUCGUAGCCUUCCAAUGGUGUUAUCGAGCUGGCGAGCAAUUGGGGUGGGUCCGAUUCUUCAGAACUUUAAAAGGUUCCUUGUGUUUUCUUAGGUUGGGACUUCUUAGAUAUAUGGUUAGCGUAUGAAUACAAUUUUGUUACCACCGUUUUGUUUUUGGGUUGAUGUUUGAGAUAGUUAUUUAAUAUUUCAAUUUACACAUGGAAUUUUAUGUUUC